CUGCAAACAGCGCAAAAAAUUGACGGCAAAUCCUUAUUAUUGCUAUCAAAGAAAGCAACAAGAGAACAGUACGAAGCCUGCGGACUGAUGACAGUAGCUGACCAACUUAAACUAACGAUGCUGGUCAACGCAAGCGCCGAUAUAGAUGAAGCGUCGAGUUGCGUGAUCACGGCAGUUAAAGCAAAAAAGCCUUCGAAGGCCCAGCUGAAUCAAAUCAGCGAUAUUAAUAGAAGAAUUUACAAGACGAAGUGAGUGAUAUAAGCUGGCAAUUAAGCUUUCCAUGCAUGUAACUUAAAUUUCUUGAACACGACUCCAGAGUUUGUAUUUCAAAUUUUGCGUUGUUUAGCUUUUCAUCAUCAACACAUGAACACUGGCUUGAAUUUGAGAACGUUAUUAUUCUAGGUUGUAAACACGGUGUAAAUUUUUUUUACAAAUAUACUUCCUGCAUUAUUUCAUUUCUGCUUUUUAUUUGUAAGCCCCAAGUUUUGCGGGUCGAUCAUUUCGGAAACGAUAGCUGAAACGAUACUUCUUUCUUAAACAAUUUGGAUUUUUGUCAAUUUAUUGAAAGUUUCAACAACUGUUGAAUCUUUACCUUAAUAGGAGAAAAGCGAUCAGAGCGGCAGCAAUCAAACGAUGGCCGGGGAACAACAUCCCCAAAUUCAAAACCAACAAGACAGCUGUAGCAGAGUUAAAUCAGUUAGUGGAAGAGCUUGUGGCUGAAUGCUCUUUUCCGCCUUUGAACUUUGGGAGAGAUGGUAUCAAACAACACAUUUUGGAUGUAUUGAAUGAAAGACGAAGACACCAAAGGAAUGGCCAUGAUUACUCUAAAGUAAGCUCAACCAUUUAUCUAUCACAUUUCAUCAAGACCCCCCAAACAGUUAAGGAAGGAGAAUAGAAUAGAAACUUUAUAGUGAUGUGUCAAAGAAAAUCUAGCUUCCUGUGAAUCAGGAUGCUAAGCGGGGAGACAACUAAGCUAAAAAAUAUUUGACAAUAACUUAUAUUACAAUAAUUAAAAUGACUUGAUUUCUCUUUUAAGCACGUACUAGCUAACACCUAAUGCACAAUAGCACUGGCUCACUAAGAGUAAAACAGGGUGCUAAUUGUAGACAAAUAAUUUGUUUGGUGUCAUUAGAGGCUUGUGCCAAAUAAGACAAUCUUAACAUUUCUUUGGGCUAAAAUUUUAACCCGUUGAGGUCAACAUUUGAUACAGGGAAAUAGGAAAAUAUUUGUAAAUACCAGAGUCCAAAGAAAGUCAGUGUUACUUUCCCAGUUUGAUUGUGUGCACAUCUGGGUAGACUUCUUAACUGUCUUGUGAUAUAUAGCCCCCGACAGUAUGAAAUCCAGUAGUGACAACCGUGCUGUAGAAGUUAGCAAAUUAAGGCAGUCACUACAAUGACCACUUUUUUAAAAUUGCAGGCCGAUAAGCGAACGCUGAAGCGUAAAACACCGAGUUCUGAACGCACUAGUACUGCUGAAAACAACAGUUCUGCAAGUCCUUCUAGUGAUAGUCUCUCUGAUUCCAUUGAGGAUGAAUCUGGGGAUACGGAAAUUGUGGAAGAAUCAGAGGAGGAAAAGACGGGUAUGUUUGAGCAUAUUUUAUUUGAUAAAUCUGCAAUGUAUCUGUUGUGGUGCAAAUUUUUCUUUGGUUUAACAUUUUUUUCAAACCAGGGGAUCAUGGUUGACUUUUAGGCAUUCUCAUCAAUGUUUUUCAUUCUUUAAAAUUCUUGUUAUUGUCAGUCACAAUUCCCAGAAAUUAAAAACAUUUCUUUUAACAGGUGCUGUCUGCAGUUUAGUUCCUGGGCUUUCCAAUACCUCUUAACAGAGUACUAACAAAGUUUCUGUUUGCCUCCACAGGUCAUUGUUUACAAGUUAAAGAUUCACAAACUGUAAUUGUAGACAGCAGUAGUGUUGAAAAGAGCUGUGCCUCUGAAUCAGGCAAUACAGAUGAAGUCAUGGAAUCAGAACCUGAUGCUGAAGAAGGUUUAUAUGAUAUUAUUUUUAGAAGUUUGAAACCUUUUGUCUUUUGCGCAUGCAAGUAUUGUCAGGGGAUUGAGAAGAGGCCGCAACUGAAUUUUCUAUUUAUUUCCCAGCUUUCCCAGAUGACACAGCUAAACUUAUUAUAUGCGUUGCAUAUAAUGCAAUCCGACUGGCAGAUGUACAAAGAAAUCAGUUAGCUUCAUCAGCCAAGGCAAUGGGCAUAAAAAAUGCACCAAAAGAGAAGAAUGGUUUGGUAAAAGUGGUUGCAGAAGCCCUUGUAAAAAAGAAUUAUGUCAGAAUCAGAGGGAACCCAAAAAAUGCUUCAAGGCGUGACAUACAAAAGCUGAAGCCAUUUUAA